AUGGAGGCGGAGCGCCGAAUGCUGAUGCUGCUGUGGUUCCUGGUGGCCGGGUCCGUGAUCCCCAUCAGGGUCUUCGUGGUGCCCCACAGUCACAUGGACGUGGGCUGGAUCUACACGGUACAGGAAAGCCUGCGGGCCUACGCUGCCAACGUCUACACCUCCGUGGUGGAGGAGCUGAUGCUCCAGAAGCAUCGCCGCUUCAUCGCCGUGGAGCAGGAGUACUUCCGUCUGUGGUGGGACGGCAUCGCCUCGGACAGGCAGAAACACCAGGUAGAGACGGACACAGAGACGGAAGUAGAGAAGGAGGUAGACACGGACACAGAGAAGGAAGUAGAGAUGGAGGUAGAGACGGACACAGAGAAGGAAGUAGAGAUGGAGGUAGAGACGGACACAGAGACGGAAGUAGAGAAGGAGGUAGAGACGGACACAGAGAAGGAAGUAGAGGCAGACACAGAGAAGGAAGUAGAGAUGGAGGUAGAGACGGAAGUAGAGAAGGAGGUAGAGAUGGAGGUAGAGACGGACACAGAGAAGGAAGUAGAGAUGGAGGUAGAGACGGACACAGAGAAGGAAAGAUGGACGGAAGUAGAGAAGGAGGUAGAGACGGACACAGAGACGGAAGUAGAGAAGGAGGUAGAGACGGACACAGAGACGGAAGUAGAGAUGAAGGUAGAGACGGACACAGAGAAGGAAGUAGAGAUGGAGGUAGAGACGGACACAGAGACGGAAGUAGAGAAGGAGGUAGAGACAGACACUGAGAAGGAAGUAGAGAAGGAGGUAGAGACGGACACAGAAAAGGAAGUAGAGAAGGAGGUACAGAUGGACACAGAGAAGGAAGUAGAGACGGAGGUAGAGACGGACACAGAGACGGAAGUAGAGAUGGAGGUAGAGACGGACACUGAGAAGGAAGUAGAGAAGGAGGUAGAGACGGACACAGAAAAGGAAGUAGAGAAGGAGGUAGAGACGGAAGUAGAGAAGGAGGUAGAGAAGGACACAGAGACGGAAGUAGAGGAGGAGGUAGAGAUGGACACAGAGAAGGAAGUAGAGAUGGAGGUAGAGACGGACACAGAGAUGGAAGGCUUUCACUGGGAUGGCUCGGCCGUCUUCCCGGAGCCACCCCCAAAUAACCUAUUUCAACCCAUGGCUGAACCCAUCACUUGGAACAACAUGAAAUACUAUGUCAGUCUCCUCGUGGACAAUGUGAAGGAGCGGGUCGCCUGGUUCCGGACAUCACACCUCCUCUGGCCCUGGGGCUGUGACAAACAGUUCUUCAACGCCUCGCUGCAGUUCGAAAACAUGGACCAUCUGCUGGACUUCAUCAACAGUAAUACAGCCAAGCUCGGCAUCACUGUGGAGUACGCCACGCUGGCCGAAUACUUCGGUGCCUUGCACGCUACCAAUGUCACCUGGCACGUCCGCGAUCACCAAGACUUCCUGCCCUAUUCCUCAGGUCCAUUUCAGGCCUGGACCGGCUUCUACACAUCCCGCAGCAGGCUCAAGAGGCUGGCAAGGCGAGCCAGCGCUCUGUUGUACGCCGGGGAGUCCAUGUUCACACGCUCCGUGUGGCCGGCCCCCCACCAGCACCUGGACCUGGACUGGGCCCUGAAACAGCUCCAGCAGCUCCGCUGGGCGGUCUCCGAGGUGCAGCACCACCAUGCCAUCACUGGGACUGAGACCCCCAAGGUGAGAGACAUGUACGUGAAGAACCUGAGGUCAGGGAUGCAGGGUGUGCGUGAACUGAUGGCCUCCAUCGUCCAGGAUAGGACCCCUGCCUUCACAGGUAAGCGAGCUGGGGGACACGUUGCCGUGGUCUACAACCCCCUGGCCUGGACGGUCACCACCCUUGUUACCCUGACUGUGGGCUUCUCCAGGGUCAACGUCACAGAUGAGUCCGGCCGGCCAGUGGCUGCACAGGUCCAGGAAUCAAAGGAGAAGCAACCUGCUUACAACUUGCAUGUGCUGACCACAAUCCCAGGCCUCAGUUAUCGACACUACAGCGUCACGCGCACCCAGGGGACCCAAGAAGACACCAAGCAAUUGGGUACCAGUCUGGCUAGAACCUCCAACUUUGGCCGCAAGACAGAGACACAUGCUGGUCCACGGGGCAGGCACCUAAUUCGUGUGGAGAAUGACUGUUACACUUUGUUCCUUGACCGGGACACUAACUUGAUGCACAGCAUCUUGGAGAGAGAGAGUAACCGCACAGUGCGUGUGACCCAGGAGUUCGUGGAGUACCGUGUCAACGGUAAUUUGAGAUAUGGCCCUAUAUCUGAUAACUUUGUGUUUAUCCCCACCGACACCGCGAGGCGCCCGUGGAAAAGCGUGGGGAUGCAGAUUGUGACAGGAAAGCUCAUGACGGAGAUCCGGCAGUUCUUCUACAGAGCCACACGUCCAGUGGGCUCAGCAGAUGGCCCUUGUCAGUGGGGCCACCAGGGCCCCCGGCUGAAGGAGGCUACAACUGGGCCUGAUGGGGGUCCUUCUGUCCCUGAAGGCCGUCGAGGGAAGGCCAAGGCGGACCUCCGCCGUGUCCUGCUGAGGCUCCACCACCUGUAUGAGGUGGGGGAGGAUCCGGUCCUGUCUCAGCCAGUGAGUGUGAACCUGGAGGUCAUGCUGCAGGGGCUGGGGUCCAUGGUGACGGUGGAGGAGCGCUCGCUCACAGGGACCUGGGAUGUGAGCACGCUGCACCGCUGGAGCUGGAGGACACAGGAUCGUCCCCACCGCAGAGGCAGCUCCAGCUCUCACUCGACACCCCUGCAAGGCACCAAGGUCACCAUCUACCCAAAGGAAAUCCGGACGUUCUUCAUCCACUUUCGUAGCAGUGAGCCCUUGGCCGAUCCUGUGACUUCAGAGAUACCCCAGGGACCCCAGGAAAAGGAACAGGACCCAGAACCUGGAAAAGCAGCAUGGAGUGAUGAGGGAAGACCAGCUGCCUACCCGAUAGGCUAA